UGUUUUUUACAUUUACAGGCUCAUGAAAGUCUUACUGAUGGGCACUUUCCUGCCCCAGAGGAGACACUGCAGCACCUGGCAGCCCUAAGGCUGCAGUAUCUUCAUGGAGACUAUUCCAAAAUCACCUGGACCCUUGAUGGCAUUUACCCAGUGAGCAGGCUAAAAUCCAAAAUCCUGCAGUCAACAAAGAGUAGCGGCACGACCAGUCAUGCUCUGGAGAGGAGACGGACCAGCUUUCUGGAAGGAACAUUGAAACGUAGCUUCAAGACUGGCUCAGUAAAAAAGCAGAAGGUGGAAGAAGAGCAGAUGAUGGAAAUGUGGGUGAAGGAGGAGCUCUCAGCUGCUCGGGCCAGCAUAGUGCAGAAAUGGAACAAGUUGCAGGGACUGUCUCAGCACCAGGCUAUGGUGAAAUACAUGUCCAUUGUAAAGGAAUGGCCAGGCUAUGGUUCAACACUCUUUGAUGUUGAGUGUAAGGAGGGUGGAUUUCCGAAUGAUCUCUGGCUUGGAGUCAGUACAGAGAAUGUGUCUGUAUACAAACGGGGAGAUCCUAAAUCGCUGGAAACUUUCCAGUAUGAGCACAUUGUUUUCUUUGGAGCUCCGCAACCCAAUACCUUCAAAAUUACAGUGGAUGAGCGAGAGAUGUUCUUUGAAACCUCCCAGGUGGGAGAGAUAAUAAAGAUCAUGAAAGCCUACAUCAACAUGAUUGUGAAGAAACGCUGCAGUGUCAAAUCAGCUGCCAGUACGGACAGUCACACUAGCAUCUGGACUAGGUGAUGAGAAGGAACCCUUAUUCCAUUAGCCAGAGGCACUUGUUAUGUGGUGGGAGUUUACAAUUUGCCAGCAGGAUGUGUAGCAAAGAUUUUUUUUUAAGAACUUCACUUGACUGAUUCCUACAUAGAAACAAACUGAAAUCACACAUCACCACUUACAGUACCAAGGGAUUUGCACCUCAUCCUAAAGAUGUUAGUUAACAUCAAAAACUGUUAUAUUAAACGUGAACAGCCGAGAUUUGUAUUCAUCUUGGUUGUUUGAGGGACACUGUCUUAAAGAAACAAAGCCACAAGCUUCCUCUUAUCUGUCGUCUUCUGCCUUUUUCACACUUGUCUGUCACACUGUCAAAAAAAUACACAAGGAACAGUUCUGCACUAGAGGGAGCAGAAUUGAAUAGCUUUCAGUUUGUCGAAGAGCAACUGGGAUCUUGGAAUUGAGCUAAGAAAAUAUUUGUUUUAAUUUAUUUUUCAGCCAAACUUAAAGUUGCAUUCCUUUUUCCCGGAUUUUACAUUUUACCUAGUUAACCUUGUGCUGCAUCAAGUAACUUGGGUUAGACUAAAGUAUUUUGGUCCUCAGGAGCCUAAACAAUUGGUUGCCACAGCCAGAGAACAGGAAUGUGUUUGCAUGGUUCUCUCUCAAGGACAGGGGUGGGCUGUCUGAAAUGGAUCCUACUCAGGUUCAGCUCAAACUACAUUCUAAACAGCCCUGGUUGAAAAGUGAAGGGUUGUCUAUUCCUGGGGGCAUGAAUGCCAUUUAGUUGCAUUUAUAAGGAAUCAGCUGUUUCAGCCCCCACCCCCAAUUUGAGUUCAAAUUCAUCACUUUAAAUGUAGUGACUUGGGUCCUGCCAUACGAUUUAUUUACAUUUAGGCUUUUAGGAUGCCCUGGAGGGAGGGACAGUCGCCUUAGAAAAAGUGGUGGCUCUUACUAAGCAGAUGAACUACCCUUCCUUCCACUCUAGUCUAACAGGAAAGACCGCCACUCAUUCCAGCAAGAACUUCACAUGCCACUCAGUUGUAACUGGCUCCUUUACCAGUAAAGUUCCUUCCUUCCUUCCACUCCAUGGGGCUUUAGCAAAACCCAAAGAGAACAAUUUGUUGUCACAGAAAACAGGACUAGUAUAGUUGGCAUAUUUCUCCUCCCCCUAUCCCCCAACCAUUCUGCAACAUGCACACACCUGUCACUAGGCUAAGCACGUACAGGGUUGACAUUACAUUUUUUUAAACUGGAAUUUUGCCUUAAGAAGCCUUAUUGAUGAGUCUUACAAGAGCCCCUUUUUGUCACUUCCAUAAUAAACAGAUGACCAGGUGGCAACUUCAAACGGUCAGGAAAGCAGAGGAGAUAGACAAAAUAACACUGGUCACAUUGCAUAUUUGGUCAAAUACACUGAAUGGAGUCUUUUAAUAUAUUUAACCAUAGCUCUAAUUUCUCCUGCCCUACUGCUAUAGUCUAGCUCUUGGGUAGCUGCAGGCAGCUUGAACCCAGUUGGGAAUGUUAACACCCCUCACUUCUUGUUCUGACAUACUCAUUUCUAUUACAGAUUUAUUUCUGCUUUCUUUUUUUAAUUUGUAACUGGCUUUACAAAAUGAAGGUUUAAUAAAUUAUUGGCUUGCAUGGCCUGUUUUCCUUCACA